CAAAAUUAUCCAAAUUAGAAGAACUAUACCUAUACAAUAGCUUUGAUGGAUGGGAGAUUGAGGGAAUUGAGAAUCCAAGAAGCAAAGCUAGUCUUAUGGAAUUGCAGCAUUUGUCUCGUCUAACCACUUUGGAAGCACAUAUUCCUGAUGUGGAAGCCAUACCAAAUGAUAUCUUGUUUCUCGGAAAGAUGGAAAGGUUCAAGAUUUCAAUCGGAGGUAAGAAGUGGGGUUAUGAGGAUGACAGAGGGAUGGAAACAUCAAGAAUGUUGAAGCUGAAGAUUAAUAAAAGUAUUGAUUUGACCGAAGGCGUUUAUAAAUUGUUGUCCAGAAAAACUGAAAGUCUAAGUCUGCAAGGAGGUGAAGAUGUUGUGGAAAGGCUUUACGAUCUAAAUGUUGAAUCUUUUGAGCAAUUAAGAUUCAUAAAAGUCGAGAAUUGCAAUAUGUUGAAGAAUUUGUUCUCAUUCUCCAUAGCGAAAAGUCUUUUCCAACUCGAAGAACUUGAGGUAUCCCAAUGCGACAAUAUGAUGGCAUUAAUUGUUGAAAAGGAAGAGAUUAGAGAGGACGACACUUUGAAAUUGGAUAAAUUAUGCAUCUUGAAGUUGAAUGAAUUCAAUGGCUCGUGGUGUAUAGAAAAUACAUUUCAAUCCGUCACAUGGCUUUUUGAUAAAAAGGUUUCGUGUCCUGCCUUGGAAGAGUUGGAGUUGAACUCAAUCUAUGGCAUUGAGAAAAUAUGGCAUAUUGAUGAUCAACUUCCAUUAAUGUCUUUUGGUGUUCAAAGUUUAACAAUUUUGAAAGUGGCGAAUUGCCAUAAGUUGAAGUAUGUAUUUACUUCAUCCAUGGUUAAAAGCUUUGUGCAUCUGAAAACACUUGAGGUUUAUGAUUGUGAUAAAAUGGAAUGGGUAAUAGAGGGAAUACUAGAGGCAACCGAAGAAGAAAGGAUUAACGGCAGCAUAAGUGUGUUCCCUAAACUUGACAUUUUGGUACUCAAUUCUCUUCCAAAACUAAAAGGAUUUUGCUUUGGAAUUAAUCCGAUUGAGUUUCCCUCGCUAAGGGAUUUAAAAAUAUGGGGCAGAGCAACAGUACCAUAUAUCUUCCAUGAAAAGUGUACGUUUCCAAAUCUACAUCAACUCACUUUGGGAGGGAAUGCUGGACUGAAAGACAUCAUAUGUCAUUGCGACGGCCAACAACAACAGCAACAUAUGUCUCAUCACUUUGGCAACCUAAAAGUCAUCACACUUGAGGGGUAUCAUAAGCAAUUAUUGCCAUCUUACUUGUUCUGGUUAUUAGCCUUACCCAAUCAUCAAACACUCGAAAUAAGCUUUUCUUAUUUCAAAGAGAUGGUAAUCCAAAGUGAAGAAGGUGGUGAGGAAAAGCCUGCAUCGCUGUUACUCUCUCAGAUAACUGAUUUAAGGCUUAGCUUUCUUCCGGCAUUGAUGCAUCUAUGGAAGGAAAAGGAAGGAUUUCCAAAUCUAAGGAUUUUGCAUGUUAAGCUCUGCCAUACAUUAAAAGGUAAUCUAGUUCCAUCCUCGGUAUCUUUCCUAAAUCUAGUGACCUUGAAAAUAGAUGGAUGUGAUGGAAUCAUAAAAUUAAUCACACAUCCCACAGCCGAAAGUCUAGUGCAGCUCAAAGAAAUGAGUAUAAUCAAUUGCAAAAAUAUAGAAGAGAUAAUACAAGGUGGGGACGAUGACGAUGAUGAAAUCAGUUUCCCCCAACUCAACCGUUUGGAACUUGAAGAUCUACCAAAGCUAGAAAACUUCUGCUCAUCAGGGAAUUAUACCUUUUCAUUCCCAUCCUUGAAAAAUAUAGUUGUACAGUAUUGCCCGAAGAUGAAGAUGUUCUCUCAAGGAGACUCAAACACUCCAAUGUUGAACAAAGUACAAUUACAGAAGUGGGGAGGAGAAGAAGUUCAUUUGGAAGGCAGCCUUAAUAGCACCAUACAACAGCUAUUCAGAGAAAAGCGAGUCAUGAUCGAAGAAUGUGAGAAUUCUAAAGAAGACCAAAGCAAGCCUUCAACUUCUAACACCCAAUGUAUAGUAGCAGAAAACUAGUCGAUCCGAGUGCAGCCCCUCCUAUUUUUCUCUUCCUUGAUUAAAGUUUGAUGACUUGCGAAGAAUGAAUCAGUGUUUGAACAAGGAUUUGAUAAAACUUUAUCCCUUCACCGGAUUAAAGCCUCAAGGUUCUCUGUAAUUCAAUGUGGAUAGGUGUCUGUUUUGUUUUCGGGUGCUCUUGGUGUGCUGAAUACAACUACUGCUGAACUUCGAGCAAUACAGAUGGCUAUGGAGGUUAAGAAUGCUUUCAAGGGGUCAAAAGUGGUGCUACAACGAAUGAAAAAGUUGCUGCUAAUGUUGCAACUAUUGCCUGUUCAAAAGGGUAUUGGAUGCUUAUUAUUUCCACUGUUGUUCUGGUUGAGCUGCUGCAAUGAUUGCCAUAAGCCUUACUGUAACUGCACACAGAGCAUGCUCCUUAAACAUGCAA